GGACAAAUAUUUGAUACUUAAAGUAAUUAGUCACAACUACGGGGGGGGCAGAAUAUUCUAGGGGGGCAGAAUAUUCUACCACACACCGGUUGGAACACAGUAUACACGUGGAAAAACGUUUUUGAAGCAUCAUGUCACUUGUUUAUUCGCUUCUAAUCUGGUUUUUUAUCCUCGCUCUUACAAUUUAUUUCCUGUUCAAGCUAGCUUUUGUGCAGUCAAUAGCGAAAAGCCUACUUAAAAAGUUUUUAGCAUGGGAUACCAGUCGCUUGGCUAAGAAUAAAGCCCAACAAAAAGACAUCCAGAAAAUGAAUCAGGAGUUAUUCAGUAGCAUGGAGGAAGUGAUUGAACAGGUAGGAGGAGGACCAGUGCUGGAACUUGGAGCUGGUAGUUGCGCUAACUUGGAACACUACCCUAAAGGUGUUAGGUUAAUGACAAUUGACUUGAAUGAGAAUUUCAAGUCCUAUUUAAACGAAAGUUUAGAGAAAAAUAAGCAUGUUACGUUGGAGAAAUAUUUGAUUGGAAAUGUUGAAGAUAUGAGUGGAUUAAUUGCUGAUAACUCAUGCAGUUGUGUAGUAAGCUCGCUCUUGCUUUGUUGUGUUCAAGACCAAACCAAAGCUUUAAAUGAAAUCAUGAGAGUUUUGAAGCCAGGAGGUCGAUUCUACUUCAAAGAACAUAUUGCUGCAGAGCGUGGAACCUGGACGAGGUAUGCACAAGAAACAAUGAAUGAUACGUGGGCAGCUUUGCGAUCGAAUUGUAAUGUCACGCGAAAUACUGAUAAAGUCAUUGGAAGUUUCGGUUUUAAAGGAUUGACGGCGUCCAUAGUUUAUCGUCCUAUACCAAAAAUGUAUUUUUUUGCAAAAAAAACAUACUUGGGAUAUGCAGACAAGCCUUUGACAUGAAACAGAUUUCUGAAUCUUUGUAGAAUUAAUUUACGAAUUUCGACCUUGUGAGAAUUUAUCUUAAAUCAUUUUUUAUCUUUCUUUUUACCAUGGUCUUGUUGCUAGAAGAAUCCUUUACAAAUAUUAAUAUAUUAAUACAAACGUUUAUGCUAUU